AUUUUUAUGAUCUGCAUAAUAAAAACUUGGUAACUAUUGAUCUGUCAGAGAAAUGUAUCAGGUGAUGUUUAUCAGAUCUCAUAUCCGGAAGCCUUGAAUCACAAGGUGUUAAAGGACUUUGGCCACUUCUACAUCGCUGUGUCUUGUGAGAGAUGCUUCUAAACCACAAGUCAGCCACAGAGACAGAGAUGCACAGGUGACUUCUGCUUCUUCUCUUCAGCUGCUGUUAGAGGAACUGCAAUGGAGGCAUUUGGCCUGAGGAGGACCCAGUCGCUGAGGAGUCUUUCUGGGGUUCAGGAAAGGUCAUCGGUCAUGCCAGCUCCCACCCGCUGGAACAGAAAGUCUGUAUCUCAGCUGGUGCAACAUUACCAAAGCUCUGCUGACCUGAGGAGUAUUGAAAAAGAGGAGCCUAAACUUCAGGUGUCAGAAAGCUAUGUGGAAGGUCGAUGGAGGAGGCUGGAGAGCGAGGAGAAUGUGGCCCUGUGGGGACCUGGAAGAAGAUCUAAUCUGUCCAGGAGCCGCUCCAUGGACUACCUCCCUCAGAAGAAGUCUUCAGGCACCAAAGCUCUGCGUGCCCUGUUUGAGUCAAAGGUCACCCUGCAGCAAAGCUUCAACAGCAGCCCUCGGCUCAACUCUGCUACCGACCGUAACACAGAAAGAGACUGCCCUCUGCAGGACUGGAGAAGUCACAACACCCCUUUAAAGAAAACAAUCGUUCAGAGAGCCACACAGGUGGAAGGAGGAAAGACCAUGAAUGGACUUCCAGAGUCUUCUGAAAGAGCAUCCAGAUACUCACACGAUGACAAAUAUAGUCCAUCUCUGACUAAGGGGGGCACGCCAACAAGACAAAGCAGAGACAGGAUAUCUAUUUCCUCCUCAGUGAGAGACAGAUCAGCUCUCUAUCUGACAAGAGCAGCAGCUAUCGACUCCACAGGAGGCUCAACACAGCCAGAAUUUGCCAGUACUCCAGGAUCAAGAGUGAAAAACAGUAAGAUGGCUGAAGCAGCCAGGAAAAUCACAGUUUCACAAUCAUCUCAUGAUGAAGACGACCUGCCUCUCCCCCCACCUCCUCCUGUACCACCUAGACCCCUCGACUAUGAAGGGCCUUCAGCGUUAAGUAGCCUCCCCCUGCCUCCAUCAAAAGAAACCUUUUCCACGCUGUACCAGCAACGGCAGAAGAGUGAGCUAAAGAGGCUCUUUAAACACAUCCACCCAGACCUAAGGGCAAGUCUCGAUGACGUCGUGGACGAUGAGAUACUUAAGGCAGUACAGUCAGAAAACUCUCAGGCAGCAGACGCAGCUUAUCAGUGUGAAGUGCAGUCUAUGAGGUGGAUCUUUGAGAAUUGGACUCUGGACAAUAUUGGGGAUCCUCAUGCAACCAAGAAGCUGCUAGAUGAUGAGGAGUUAAAAGGUGGAAACGUUAGAGGCACCUCCUCUAUGUUUGAGCACUUUGACAGCGCUCAACAAAUGUCUGCUAAAAGACAGACUUCUGUCAAAGGGGAUGUGAGAACAUCAACAUGGCUGUUUGAGUCCCAGCCCUUAGAUUCUCUAAAUAAAUCAAAGAGAGAAGAGGGUGAAUUGGUUGAAGCAGUGCUGAAAGAACCAAUCCAGCCAGGAAAUGUGACAGGGGCUCGGCUGCUUUUUGAGUCUAAACCACUGAGUGACUUGGGACGCUGCAACUCCAUAGAAGGCCAUAGCUUCCUCAAACUGAGAUCUGAGCUUCAAGAGCAGAAAGGAGACGUUCAGAAGACUGUAAAACUCUUCCAGACACAACCUUGCUGUGCUAUCAGUGACAACAGUGGCAAUAUACAUGAGAUUAAAUCCAUCUGCAGGGAGGAGAUCAACAGCAGCAACAUCAGUACUGCCCGUUGGCUUUUUGAAACCCAACCUUUGGACCUGAAUAAUAAGGGAACUGAUGGUGUGAAAAUAAUUCGGGGUAUAUCUCUGGAAGAGGGGCACAGAGGCGGCGUUGACCAGAAGAGGUGGAUGUUUGAAACUCAGUCAUUUGACACAAUACAAGAGGUCGUGGAUGUAGACAAGUUUGAAGGAACGGUGGUUGAAUGUGCAGAAGAGGCCGAUGUCGUGAACAAGAGGAAGCUCUUUGAGAUGCAGCCCUUGGCAACACUAAAAGGAGACUCUGCAGAAAAGCCUUUGGAAAAGGAAGACAUUAUUGCAGGAGAUGUCAAGACUUCUCUGUGGCUGUUUGAAACCCAACCCAUGGAGACCCUUAGUGAUAGCUAUGAAGUUGGACGUUUGAAGAAAGUUACCCUUUCAGCUGACGAACAAGGAGAAGUAAAAGGCAAAAAACAAAUAUUUGAGAGUUGCAGUAUUCAAAAGAACACCUCAUUCAAGGAACAAGCGAUUGAAAAGGGUGAUGUUAAGGGAUUCAAACAUCUUUUUGAAACAAUUCCUCUGAGCAAAAUUGCUCAUUCUGAUGAAGAGAUUAUUGAGGAGGAAAAGGCUAUUGCAGCAGGAAAUGUAAAAGGUAACAAAGCAACGUUUGAGACAACUCCUUUAUAUGCAAUAAAGGACAGCUCUGGAAACCUCCAUACGGUUACAACUGUCAGCCGAGAAGAAUUCAUCAAGGGGAAGGUCCAAAACUAUAAGUGGAUGUUUGAGACCAAGCCUUUAGACAAACUUGCAGAGGGAAAAGAAAAUGUUGAGGUAAUCAAAGGCAUCACCAGACAGGAGGAUACGAUGGGCGAUGUCAAGAUGGCAAAGUGGCUUUUUGAAACCCAGACAAUAGAUGGGAUACAUUCCAAGUUCAACCAAACAGAGCAGGAUGCUUCUGUGGAAGAGGAGCAUCGUAAAGGUGAUGUCAAGAACUGUAAAUGGUUAUUUGAGACACAACCAAUGGACAUUUUGUAUGACAAAUCAGAAAAAGUAAAUGAUAAAGAAGCCAGUGACAAUACCAAUGUCAAGUCCAUUACUUGGCUUUUUGAAUCGCAGCCUCUAGACAGCAUCAAAGAUGGCGAAGAGUACAAUUUGAAGCUAUGCAACACCAUUCAGGAUUCUGUCAAAUCUGAGGUUGGUGUUCAAACAGUCAGACAUGUUUUUGAAACAGAAACCUUGGAUAGAAUAAGAAAGGAUGCAAAUUCUGAACACGAUGUGAGAUGUGUCAGCCAGGUCAACUUUCAGUCUGGAGAUGUCUCACGAGUCAAAGAACUUUUUGAAUCCCAGUCCCUUGAUGCAAUAGGAUCAGAAAUGGUGACAUCUGAUGAACAGAACCAAGACAAACACCUUGAAAAAGGUUCCGUACACAAAUUUACUUGGAUGUUUGAAAACUGUCCCAUGAACCAGAUCAAUAAGGACAAUGAGGAUGCAAACAUGCAAAGAGUCAGUGGUGCAGAGAGUGGUGAUGUACACAACAAAAAGUUUAUAUUUGAAACCUCCACACUGGACAAAAUCCACAACCAACCCCUUGAACAGAGGUCAGACUCUGUGGAACAGCCUGUGAGCAAUGUUGACGUCAAGUCGAGCACCAUGAUGUUUGAGUCCCUGCCACUGUAUGCCAUCAGAGACAAAGAGGGCCAGUUUCAUGAAGUUACAACUGUGAAAAAAGAGGAGGUAAUGACUGGAGAUGUAAGAGGAGCAAGGUGGAUGUUUGAGACAAAACCCCUUGAUGCCAUCAAGGCAGAGAAUGAAGUUUACGUGAUCCGAGCUGUUACCCAAGAAGAUGUCAAGAAAGGAGAUGUCAAAUCAGCCAGAUGGAAGUUUGAGACACAACCUUUGGACUCCCUUACCAUCCGAGAUGAGACCUCUGUCAGGGUCAUUGAAGACUUGGGAAGCAGUAAUGUGCAACUCAAUAAACAGAUAUUUGAAUCUGAUCAAUCAUCCCAGAAGUUCAUGCGAAUGGUUAGCGUCACUGAUGUCCAGCAUGGUGAUGUCAGGACCUCUACCUGGCUCUUUGAGAAUCAAACUAUUGACAGUCUGAAAGGGGAACCUCAGGAGCAAGGUCUGGUAAAAACGGUCCACAGAGAAGACAGCCAGAAAGGAGAUGUGAAACGCUGCACUUGGCUAUUUGAAUCACAGCCCCUGGACAAGAUCAAGGAGCCUGAGGAUACCUCAGUGCAAGGUGCUGAGGAGGAAAUACCAAAAUCUGAUGUGAAGUGCACUACCUGGCUCUUUGAAACCACUCCGCUGGACAAAAUCGCUGCCAACAGUGUAGCUGACACACUGUCCUAUCUUUACCAAAUGACUUUUGUUCACUCAAGCGGCAUCAUAAUAGAAGCAAAUGAGAGUAGAAAUGUUAACAUGGCAAAAUAUCUGCUUGAAAGCAGUGGUGUGCAAAUCCAGAAUGAAGAGGUUGUUGGGGGAAACAUCAGGAACAUCAUGUUACAACUCUUACUCAAACCAACCCUAAAGCCCCAAGUUAGUCUACUUAGAGAAGUGGAGAAGGGUAACGUGAAUACCACAGUAGUAGAACUUCCAGUCUACCAGUCAGCCACAACUGUCAACCUCGAGAGGGAUCAAAUAAUGCAAAACAUUGCCCAGAUGAUCGAUGAAUUGCUUGUCCAAGAUAAUUAUUUGAAAAAAGGAAUCAUAAUGCAAGAGACUGCAGGGGGGCAAGCAGAGAUGUCAGUUUAUUCACUCAUCUGCAAUUCUGAAACCAAAACCGAGAGUCAUGUUAUAGAGAAGGGAGACAUAAAGUCUACGAUUGGAAAUCUGUUAGCUACUGCCAAUAGUCAGAGGACUGCAGCAUCAUGUAGAGUGGAUGAAAAUGAAAAGGGAAAUGUGAAUCUCUUCAAAAGUUGCAUUGAGAAAGGAGACCUGCACUAUCUAAAAAGUCUUCAUACUGAGGCAACAGGAGAUGAAGUUGAUCACAGCCUUCUGGCUGAGGAGCACAUUGAAAUAGUUCAGGGGGAUGUGAAGGAAGCAAAGAGAAGUCUCUGUCAGCAAAAAGAGCAGGUAGAGCGAACCAUUUCUGAUGUUUUACCAGGGGAUGUAAAGAACACCAAAAAAGUUUUUUCGUCUGAGUACUCUCUCGGUGUUGAAAACUGCGCUCCAAAGGAAGAAAUAAUCCCUGGGGAUAUCUUAUCAGCAAAGCAACAACUUGCAGUAAAGCAACCUGUCAUGGUGGAAAAAGAGGAAAUCGUGGCAGGGGACAUCAAGGCAACAAUACAGUCAUUAGAACGCGCAAAGCAACAGAGCAUGUGUGUGGAGCGGGAGAUCAUUACACCUGGAACUAUCUAUGACAUGAACUUGUCAGGUCCUGAGAUAGAAGGAAGCCAAGCACAAAAAGAGGUCAUUAUAUCCGGAGAUGUGAAAGCGGCUAAAAAGUCCCUUGAAAUGGCUAAGCAGCAAAGCCUGCAAGUGGAGCGUGAAGUCAUUGUCCCUGGAAAAAUAUACAACCUGAAUGUCACAGCACAAGAGGAAAGCUCCUCCACAGUGAUGCAACCUACAUGUUCGUCUUCCUCCAGAUGCCAGCAAAUCAAGACUUAUCCAAAGUAACGUGUGAAGGACAACCAUCCAUUACAACACCCAACCCUGUAGCAAAUGGAAACUCUAAAUCAUCCAGCUCUGUGAGUGUAACUCCACCUCCACUACCCCAAAAGACAAGCGAGAAACCACAGGAGCAGAAGCCAGCUUUACCGCCAAAGCCAAAAUGGACGAAAUCAGUAGUUGUAAAAAAACAGAAUAUUUUAGCUGCUCCUGAAGUCGCUUGCGCCAUU